AUGACAACUUCCGAGAUCACUCUGUCAUGUCAUAGCGAUGGUAAUUCCAAGAUUCCUCACACUGAUGUAGAUGAAAAUGCACAAAUCUCGAAUUUUCAGCUCGAUUCGAAUCCCCAAGUGCCCGAUGAGUUGAACCCUUCUUUUAAGAUUAGUACUCUCUUUGAGGUAAAACAAACGAAAUAUGGUGGGAGGGGAUGCUUUUCGACCCAGAAAAUACAAGAAAAUCAGCCUGUUUUGACCACGAAUUACCCUAUUGGUUGCUCAGUGGUCAGGCCUUUCAGGAAAGAGGUGUGCUGGUGGUGUUUCGCGUAUCAUGACGGAAAGACUCUUAAGAAUCGCAUUGAUGGGAAGCUUUACUUUUGUUCCGAGUAUUGCAUGGCUCAUUUUACGGCAUAUGACCCAGAGGGUCUCCUACGAACCUCUUUGAUAUCUGUGGAAGAUUUAUAUUCAAAAUGCGCCGGAGAAAUUAAAGAUGAGGAUGUUCCAGGAAGAGAUGAAGAUUUAUCUUCUUUAAUAGAAUUAAGAUGGAGUCAAGUACACGAAUGGGAGAAAAAGAUCUUUAGUCUUAAGCCUUCGAAGAGACAAAAGUUCUUUCCUACUGUAACCGAGGAGGACUACGCUGAAAUCAAAUACGUAAUCACAACUCUUUACAGCCUAUAUUUGGAUCUGAAUUUUUCCGGGACACAUAAUAGUGCUGACAGCGAUAGGGAUCCUGAAUGUGAGCCCGUCUCUCAUUCACAAGAAGUCGAGCUCUUCAAAUUGUUACAAUCUUCGGAGGAAGACAAGGUGAGAAAAUACCCAUACUUAUUGGUUUCAUACACCAACAUUUACAAAUUUGUCAGGCUAGCAUGUCCAAUCUCCCUACUUCCUUACAUCACAACUCUGAACGUUCGUGGAAUCAUAGGGCGGAAUCUAACAAAUGCAUUCGGAAUUUGGUCUCAUAUUACAGAGCAUGACGAGGAAAGAGAGUUUUUUGGUUUUGGCGUUUACGCUUCGGCUUCCUACUUCAAUCAUUCUUGUUAUCCAAAUGUGAAGAAAGUGAGGGAAGGUAAUACUUACAAAUUUAUAGCGUCUAGAGACAUAUUUCCUGGUGAAGAAAUGUGCAUUAGUUACGGAGUACGAGAGUCAGAUAAUGUCAUUCAGCGAAGGGACUGUCUCAAGGAGUGGUUCUUUACAUGUGGCUGCUCCAGAUGUAUUUCCGAGUCUGCGGAUUAA